UCAAUGAUUGUCAGGAUGCAUUUAAACACAAUCAAGAUGGCAUAUGCCAUUUCAAAUAAAUUGGCUGCAAACAAGAUCAAUAAACUAUCUUCAAGGAUUAAAUAAAAAUAAUCUGUAGAAGAUGUUCAUAAUCUAUAAGAUUUCUUAACUACUUAAAUUUAAGAGAGUAUCUAUCUCAUUUAUUUAAAUUAGAUAAGCUCUAUAAUACUAUUCAUAGAACAUCCAAAUAUGAUGAUGGUUUUGAUGAAUUUUUAACAGAAUAUAAAAAGAAACAUAAAAAUAUUUUAGAUUUGACUCAUUAUGCAGCAUCUCCUUUGAAUAAAACUAAUUAACUUAGAGAAGAGGAAUUUAGAUAAUUAUAAGCAUUUCUUGACAAAAGAAAAAAAUAAUUAAAAGAUCAUAUUAUUACAGAUAAAGACAAUCUAAAUGAUGAUUUUGAUCCUGAUACUGAUGAAUUCAUUGAAAACAAAGGAUAAUUCUCAUAUCCUAAAAAAGUUAAUCGAACAGGUUUCAAAAUUAGUGAUUAAUUCUUUACCGUCCUUAUUGAUAGAGACACUAAUACUUAAGUAACUACUUUAUAAAGAAUCAAUUCAUUUAGACAAUUAAUAUUUAUUGGAAAUGGAAAUGGUGUUAUAGGAUAUGGGUAUAAUAAUAUUCAAUAAUAAAUAUAGAAAAGGAAAAGGUAAAGAUUUUUAAACUGCCUUAAUAAGAGCUAAAAUAGAUGCUAAAAGAAAUCUAGUACCUAUAAGUCUAGAUUUAUGGCAUACUUGUCCAAUUCCACUUACAGGAAGAUUCAAUGAUGCAGAAAUAGAAAUAAAUCCAAGACCAUUAGGAUUCAAUGCAUAUGGUAAUCCUUAAAUAGCAUCAAUGUUAAUGUUGACUGGAAUUCAUCAUUGUAGUUUCAAAGUUAGAUCUAGAAAUUAAGUUCCUUAUUCUUUACUUUAUGCAUUUAUGUAAGCAGUAACUAAGUAAAUUAUAUUAAACUUAUAAUUUUUUAAGUAAUACUUCAGCUGAAGAAGUGAGUGAAGCAUGUGGUAUGAAAAUUUAUAGACAAAAUUGGGGUAAGAAAAUUGGUAGAACAGCUCCAUUAACAUUUGAUGGUAUUUGAGU